CAACUAUAUCUAGUACUGUCGGCGCAUGGCGGUUCCAGUAACCGGCGCUCUUUCUUUAAUAAUAAUCGACUACUCUGCAGAGUCUGCACCAUAUUGAUGGGGAACGCAGCUCGGAAGUACAUCGAUCUCAUCAGACAAUCCACAGCGAAGUGGGCCAACUGGGAUCCACCUAUACCCAUACAAGUCGGUGCAUAUGGCAGGCUGAAUACUGAGUCGGGCGAAUUGGACAUCGAAGGCAACAUCUAUGAUCCGGAAUUCCAGAUCUUGUUGGAUAAAGUGGAUGGGAAACUGAAGCUAGCAGACUUCCCUCCUCAGAUCGGUGCCGUGGAGGGCGACUUCAUAGUAUGUACGAUGGGUGUCCGGCAGAAUGAUCUCAAGGUUGAUGGGGAAAUAAAUGUCGCUGGUCUCGGCCAAGCAUCUAUCAAAGGAGAGUGGCAGUUUCAGCGCGGCAAGCGUGGUGCCCUCUUGAUCAUGCACAAUCCGAGACAAGAAUACGUUCCGCGCGGCAGGGUUUUAGAGGCGCUAUACAAGGUCCCAGAGCUCAGGGAUAUGCACAUCGUCAAUUCCAUCUUCAAGUGUCCCGCCUACACUAUAUAUCUUUCGGACAAAAGUGGAGAGAAGAUUUCCUUAGCACUUACUCCCAGCGCGAAUGCAGCUGAGCCCCAACAGUGGUGGUCAGAUACGAAUGCAAGCCUGCUGCGGAAGGGGCAGCACCAAGAUUACAUGUUCACGCCACUGUAUGGGCUCAAGCGCAAGCUGCCAUUGAUACGACGUCUCAUGCGAGACUCUCCUGUACCUGAUCCCGAAGGUGAUGACUUCUGGGUAGACGUGCAUGUACCAUGGGAUCCCCUGAAUGAGGAUGGCGAAGAGGAGUAUUCAUUAGAGGACGAUGAUGAUGGAUGGGUGGCACGCCCGGAGAAAGAAGAGGAGACCGAUAGCAUAUGACCACCCUUAUGACUUGCAUUCCAUUAUGAUUCCACCGACAUCUCCCCAGUUGAUCGAUCUUGUCCUACAUUAGUAUCUUCUCAAAUGUUGUAGCACCGCCCCAUGAGCCCAUUUUUAUCUAGUUGGCACGUGCAAUUUGAUAUGCUGCACGGAGUAGGAAUCC